CGAGAAGAGCCCGUGUGCUGUGUAGCUAGUGUACAUACAUGCAGAAUAAAAUGUGUAGCUAUAAUGUAUAUACAUACAUACAUAAAUUGUCAAGAUCCAUCAAAGAGCUUAUUAUCCAAUACGACCCCAUUAACAAAAGCAAUAUUUUUACUAGUGGGGACAUUGUAGAGGGGCGAGUUGUUUUGGAAGUGACCAAAGAAAUAAAGGUGGAUCGUUUUUUUGUGAAGCUGACGGGAGACGCGAACGUGAGCUGGACUGAAGGAUCAGACGAUGACCGAAAAACCUACAGCGACCAUGAGAGAUACUUCAAACUAAAGCAAUACUUCAUUCAAGAGAGCUCGAAAAAAGGAAAAAGUGAAAAGAAUACCACUCUUGUAAGUGGAGAGACUUAUGGACCAGUGAUUAGACCAGGAAGUCAUGUUUUUCCAUUCAGAUUUCAGCUGCCUCAACAAAAUAUGCCUCCAUCUUUUAAAGGAUAUUAUGGCUUGGUUAAAUACAUCAUGACCGUAAAGCUGAAGAGGCCAUGGAAGCCAACAUUUACUACAUGUACAGAAUUAACCUUUGUGCCCAAGAAUGAUGGGAUCAAUGAUAAUUUACUGCAACCACUAUCUGGCACAGAAGAAAAGAAGAUUAAACUUUUUGGCUCAGGAAAAAUGUCAAUGACAGUAACAACAGACAAAACUGGCUAUAUGCAAGGUGAAACAAUCAGAGUUUCUGUUGAUGUUGACAACUCUUCAUCUCGUGACGUCAAGCUAAAGUACAGCCUCAUGCAGCAACAGACGUUCAAGGCUGAAGGGAGCACUAAUGAAGGAUUUAAGGUUAUAGUCAAAAAAACUAAAGAUCGCAUCCCAUCUGGAGAAAAGACAAAAUUCAUAGUGGACAUGAACCUUCCACGUGACCUGACUGUCACCUUUGAAAACUGCAGAAUUAUAAAAGUGCAGUAUGAACUCAAGGUCUAUCUGGAUGUGUCUUUAGCCUCAGAUCCAGCAGUCAAAUUUCCUGUGGUUAUUCUUCCAGCUGACCAACAAUGUCCUCCCUGUCAAGGCCCACCUGGAGUAUUCCAGCCAUAUCCGACACCUCAGCCUAACCUUGUGCUCUGUCCUAGUGAACAACCACCUCCAUAUGCAGAACUUUACCCCAAUCUGUAUGACCCUACAGCUCUACCCCAUCCAGGAGCUGCUGCAGAGGUUUAUCCAGAUCCAAAUGCCAGAUUCCAUCCGGCUCUAUCUGUACCAGUUUAUGAUCCAAAUCAAAGCACUAAAGAAUCCACUCCAAAUUAGUCUUAUUGGUCUCCUUCACCAACUUUUGACUACCACUUAUGAUGUGUCAAUUAUAACUUCAUGGUUUUAUCUGUGUGAUUUAAGCUCAGUGUCUAUCAAUGUGCUUUAUAAACUAGGACUUUUCUUUAUUUUACAGGGAAUGUAGCUGUAGUUUGUUAAAAAAAAAAAAAAAAAAAAAAAAAAAACUUCAUCCCUAAUCACUUCAACUUAUUUAGCUGAAUCUGAUAGUACUGCAUGCUGUUCUUUUUAGAACAUAUUGCAGCUUUUUUAGUUCUAAAUUUUCACUUUUUUACCUCCGGUUCAUGAUAAAAAUGAUCUAUGAACUGUAAUUGCUAAAAACUUUUACAUAUUUGCAUGAGUUUCUUUACUAAGUUAUUGUCACAUGCAUAGUGUGUUUUGGUUCUGUUUUCCCUGUUCUCAUCUACCUGAGUUUGCCUGUGUUCCCUAGUUAGUUUUCUUGGUUGUUAAUUAGUCCCACACAUCUGUUCUGUUUUCUAUUGAUUACUCUAUCUGUAAGCCCCUAGUUUCAUUAGUGUAUUGUCUGGUAUUGUUUGUAUUUGAUUUGGUUGUUAUCUCCUGAGUUUGUUAUUGGAUUUAUUAUUAGAAUCUCAACAUACACACAAAUCUCUAGGAAUCAAAUACUUUAACACCCUACUUCAAAACAACAACAACAACAACAAAAAUCUGUCUCAAAUAUAAAGUCUAUAUAGUAAAAAAAAAAAAAAAAAAAAAAGAUACUAAACUCUGAAUAAACUCAAAAUGUCUUA